CAAAAUGUGAAAUAUCUUAAUAAAAGACUGGAUGCUAUUAUUAAGAAACGGAGAAAAGAGAUUGAAAAUACGCCAUUAGAUAAACCCUUACCCAGUGAUAUGUUAACAUCGGUGGUUACUGCUAGUACACCUCGUGAUUUUAAUAGAGUCAAAACUAUUGGUGGUGAAAUUCUAAGACCUAUGACUGAUGAAGAAAUUAGUUUCAUUAUGCUUGACGGGUUUCUUGCUGGAACUGAUACUACUGCGAACAUGAUUUCAUUCAUUGUCUAUUUUCUUGCACAUAAUCCAGAUGCGAAAAUGAAAAUGUAUGAAGAAAUUGAUAGAAGAUUUCAGGGUGAUAAAACGAGACCGGUUACCGAAGAUGAUCUUCGUAGCUUAAAAUACUGUGAAGCGAUUAUAAAAGAAGUUGCUCGCAUCUUCCCAAUUUUUCAUGCGUUCGGAAGAGUUAUUGAUCAACCUGAAGAAAUAGCAGGAUACCAAUGGCCAGCUGGUAGCUAUUUUCGAAUUAAUGCUGAUUCUGUUCAUGGAAAUAAAGACCACUGGGAAGAUGCCGAUAAAUUUAAUCCUGACAGAUGGAUGGAUGAAGAAUUUGAACCAAAGAAAUAUUCUUUCAUAAUGUUUGGUGGAGGGCCAAGAUUAUGCCCAGGAAGAAAGUUAGCAAUGAUAGAAUUGGUUGGUUUGAUGGCUUUAUUAUUUAGAAAAUAUGAAAUAGAUUUAGUAGAUAUGGAAUCUCCUUUAAAAACUACAUCUCUUGGCAUGAGCGUAUUACAUAGAUUAUCAGUUAAAGUUAAAUAUAGAAACUAAAAUAUUUUACAACGAACACUUUUUAUAUCU